GGGCAUUUGUGUUAUCGUAACUGCGCAUCUUUAAAUAUCACAUCAAUUUUAUUUUAGAACUUAGUUUCGUGAGAGAAUAAAUUUAAAUGGAUGGAGAAAGAUGCAAGUAACAGCAAAUAAAUAGUAAUGGCAUCGGCUCAUAAAGACGUGGAAUUAUCUCAGUUAAAUACUUGUGAAAAAAUUCCAUAUGAUGAGCUUCUAAAAAAUCACAAUGCAAAAAUUUCUCAUAAAAUUGGAGAUUUUGUGAAACGACGACUUUACAUCUUAAAUUGGUUACCUGAAUAUGAUCGAACAAAAGCAAUUGGUGAUUUUAUUUCUGGUGUUACUAUUGGACUGACCAUGAUUCCACAAAGCUUAGCUUAUGCAAAUUUGGCAAAUGUUCCUGCAAUUUAUGGAUUAUAUUCAGCAUUUAUGGGAUCAAUUGUGUACAUAUUUUUGGGAACGGUUAAGGAAGUCAGCAUUGGACCAACAUCAUUAAUGUCAAUAAUUACUGUGAGCUAUACGUAUGAGAAACCUAUUGAAUAUGUUUUCAUAAUGACAUUCAUUUGCGGAUGUGUGGAGAUGCUUAUGGGAGUUUUUAAAUUAGGCUUCUUAGUCGAUUUCAUUUCUGUCCCUGUUGUAUCAGCAUUUUCAUCAUCUACGGCUAUAUUGGUCAUCGUGGCGCAGUUAAAAAAUCUCUUUGGAAUAAAAUUUAAGGCAAAAAGUUUACCGUUGACAAUUGUGAGGCUUGCAGAGAAUAUAAAUCAAAUAAAAAUUGGGGACACAGCCUUAGGGUUAUUUGCCAUUGCAUUUCUGUUAUCUCUAAAAAAACUCAAUGAACUUGGCACCAAAUCGUCGAACGUGAAAUUGAAAAAAUUUUUAUUUUAUUUUAGUUUGUGUAGAAAUGCAUUGAUCGUGUUAAUAACUGGAUUUAUUGCAUAUACUAUAUCAGCAUCGGAAAUGGAACUUCCAUUUAAAUUAUCUGAAGAAGUUCCUGCUGGAAUUCCGUCUUUUCAGCUGCCCUCAUUCACAGCAAAAGUCGCUAAUGAGACAGUCGAAUUUGAUGAAAUUGUUAUGGACAUUGGCUCGGGAUUCAUAUUAUUGCCAUUAGUUUCGAUUCUCGCAAACGUUGCAAUUGCCAAAGCAUUCACAUCGGGAAAAAUCGUUGAUGCAACCCAGGAGAUGAUUGCACUCGGAAUGUGCAAUGUUCUCGGAUCUUUUUUCAAAUCCAUACCAACAUGCGGUGCAUUCACAAGGUCCGCUGUAUCUAAUCAAAGCGGAAUACAAACGCCUUUCGCUGGGAUUUAUAGUGCAAUUAUGGCUUUGAUGGCAUUAACAUUAUUGACACAAUAUUUUAAUUUCAUACCCAAAGCUACAUUAGCUGCUAUAUUAAUAUGCGCUGUGUUAUCUCUGAUUGACAUCAGAAUUGGCUCAAAAUUAUGGAACAAGAGUAAAAUUGAUUUUCUAUCGUGGAUUGGAUGCAUAAUUGCUUGCAUUGCAGCUGGCGUGGAAGUUGGAUUACUUGUUGGUGUUGCAUUGAGUAUGAUCAAUAUUUUCCUUAAGGCUGCUCGACCAAAUGUUGUGAUUUAUGUUGAUAAGAAGAAAGAUGAGCAAAUCAUUUACGUAAGGCCAUCCGAAGGAAUUUUCUUCCCAGGGAUCGAUAGCUUACGUGAAAAAAUAAACAUAACGCUGAUUAAGACGGACUAUAAGUAUCCUGUGGUGCUGGAUUUGAUAAAAAUCUCAUCAGUUGACUAUACAUCAUUGCAAGGAAUUGAAUCCAUUAUUAUGGACUUAAAUAAGCACAAUCUUACUGUUACUUUUGCAAAUGUUGAUGAGAAAAUUCAGAGGAGGCUAAACUUGAUCAAAUAGGAGGCUUUAGGUUUGAGGAUAACAUUUGUGAGGUUAUAUUUGUAUUGAAUAAUUUGGAACUAGUUUGAAAAUUAUAUUUAAUAUCCAAAAAUGUUUCUUAGGCCACUCAAGAAUGUCCUUCCCAAAACCUAAAGCAACAUUAAUCUAUAGUUUUUUUUGUAAUAACACAACGAAAAAUGUGUCCUACAUUUGUCUACAAAGUAAACUACAAUUAAACAAUAUUGUACGUAAUAAAAAU